AACUGCACAAAAUGAAAUCACACAAACGCCAACUGGAACGUCUCUACCGCAAAACCGGCCUCACCGUCCAUCUCCAUGCCUACACCGGCCAUCUCCACCUGUACAGAACAGCCCUCAACUCCGUCCGCUCUUCCUUUUACUCCAACCUCAUUCACUCUGGCUCCA